CUGAGGCGCUUCCGGCCGCCCUCGCGAGGAGGAGGAGGAGGAGGAGGAGGAGGAGCAGCCGUGCCGCCGCCACCACCGCCGCUGCCGCGAGUGGGCCGGAGCGGAAACGGUGGCGGCGGGGAGAAAGGAAGAGGAGAAGCAGCGGCAGCGCCAUGGCGGGCAGGGGCAGAGCGUUGCUGUUGGCCUUCCUGCUCCUCCUGCUGGCGGGGCCCGGCGCCUGGUCGGCGCGGAGCCGCAGCGCCGACAAGCAGAACAGCCUCCGCCGGGCGGCGGGCAGCGUCUACCAAGGCGUCAGCGGCCUCUUCGGCGAGGAGAACGUGCGCGCCCUCCAGAAGUUCUUCUCCAGACUGACGGAACGAUUUGUAUAUGGUGUGGAUGUUCUCGUAGAUACAUUCUGGAGAAUAUGGGCAGAUCUUCUGGAUGUCCUUGGGAUUGAUGGUUCCAACGUGGUCCAUUAUUUCAGCCCUGGGUCCCUUGCCAACAAUCCAACCCGUGCUCUCCUGCUGAUCGGGGCUGUCCUGCUUGCUUAUUGGUUUGUGUCCCUCCUCCUUGGGUUCUUCUUUUAUCUCCUGCACGUCCUGUGUGGCCGAUUCUUCUGGAUUGUCAGGGUCACCCUCUUUGCACUCUCCUGUGUGUACAUCCUCCAGAAGUAUGAAGGUGAGCCAGAACUUGCAGUGCUUCCCCUGUGCUUUGUGGUGGCAGUCUACUUCAUGACUGGGCCAGUGGGUUUCUACUGGAGGAGGAAUAGCCACAGCACCCUGGAGGAGAAGAUCGACCACCUUGAUAGCCAAAUCAGACUCCUGAAUAUACGUCUUUCCCGUGUGAUUGAGAACUUGGACAGAGGCAGCGACCAGUGAAAGAAAAGAUGGAGUUCACCUUUGACACCAGCUCUCUAGGAAACUUCUAAGCACUCUCGCUAGUUCAUGAAAAUUAGCAAAGCAACAAGCCAACACUGGAGUAAGCAAUGUGCAACAUUAACCCGUUAAGUGUUAAAAGUAGUAAUUUUAUCUAGAUAAUAAACGGAAAGGGAAAGCAAAAUGUUACAUUUGUAAGAUAACAUUCUUUACCUGUAUAUUCCAAGAUUUUCUUCCAUAAGUAGAAUUUUAUCCAAUUACUUUUUUCAAGCAUUUAAAACAUCUUUUGUAAGUUUAAAGAAAAGGGUUUUUAUAAUGGCACAUUGACUUGUCUGUUUAAAAUUAUUUUUUAAAAUCCUAUAUAAGCUUUAGGCAGAUUUGACAUUGUAAAAGAAGGAAGAAAGUUUAGAGCUCUAUCUAAUACUUCUGCCCCGUGGAGGGUGUCCGCUGCUCAUUUGUGUUUUUAUUUGUGCUUCGUUUUUGUGCCCGUGUUCACUGGUGACCAAUUUUCGUUGCCUUGAGUUGCCUUUUCAUGUAAUCGCAAAAGAAAGUGAUUCUUAGCAAGAUGAGAAGAUCGUUCAGCAUGGCUUUUAAUGGCAGUGGAGGGCCUCCUUGGAACAUAUGCCCUUUACAACCCCAAAGAAGUGUUUUUUGUGCGCGUGUAUCCUCUCGAUAGUAGUCACAUUUUAAACAGCAUCCUUGAUGGAGGAUGCACAACGCUUUCUCCUUUUUGUAAUAGUUUCCCCAAUUCACUUCAGUGAAGACGAUAGCCCUGUAUAUAGACAGAAAGAUGCCUUCUUGUUCCAUUGUUGUGAAUGGUUGAACUCUAGCACAAGUGGAUUUGGCUAUUCAGUACAGGAGAACUGAAGUGCAUCCUUCUAUCUGCUGGAGUAAAUAGCAUAGCAUAGAUUUCUGGAUUCUUUCCCUCAGAAGCCCUCUCACUGUAAAUCCAGUGAAAAUCAAAGGCAUUAUUAUGCUGAAUGAAAUGUCUACUCAUUGUGGCAGAGGAGAAACAGAGCCUGUUUAAACAACAGCAACAUUAGAUAUAUAAAAAGGCUGGAAAGAGCAGUAGUAGAAAACGAGCAGUGUUGACUUUGUCUUUGCAAUAAUAUUUUCUGAGCAGAAGUAACUUCAGUAUCAGUUAUUGAAUAAAUUAUUAUUCAAUAUAAAUUAUGGGGAAAUAAAUCCAACCACCUCAGGAUCCCUAAUGACUUCAUUUUUAAAAAGACAACAGGUAAAAUAGUACUGCAAAAACAGUGGCUGCUGAAGUCUUUCUCAGGACCAGUAAGUGGCAAUAAAUGAAGUAAAGUGGGAACUCACACCUUAAGGACAAUGUGGUGCUUUUUUUUCUUGGUGAUGGUCUCUAGAGAGCAGCGUUGCCAAGUCAGGAGAAAUAUUGAACUUAAGGAAUCAGUAGCAAUAGUUUGCAAGGAGGACAUUGUAGGGUUCAUGCUACCAAAUGUUCCUACCGAAUUAUGGUGUGGCAGCAUAUAGUUCGCUACAGAAAAAUUGAUUUCUCUUGCUUCAGAACCAAAUGCUUCCCAACUCAGCCCUGUAGCACUUAGUUAUUUGGGGGAAAAAUAAUGUUCAGGAGUAUGCUUUCUUUGGGGGAAAUUGGAAAAAAACCCCACUAGGAACUCAAUCUGUGAGAGUUCAGAAUUCCUCAUGCAUGAAGGAUUGUGCAGUAUUUGGCCAGCUGAAUUCUUUUGGCUGGAAGAAACCGGAAUGAAUAGAGUCGAAUGUGUUUUUAAUGUGCUGCUUACUUUGACACAAUGAUUGGCAUUUCAGAUUUUUACAAAACCCAAUUGGCUAGUGGGUGUUCUUAAGUGUUUCAGCAUUCAUGGAAAGUUGGCUUGCAGGCACAUGUCUUCCUCUUUCUCACGCUCUGCUGCCAAUUGGAUCUGGAUUUAUCCUGAUCUGAAAUUGAACUAUUUUCUGAAUAAAUGUACAGAGGACCAGAGUAGUGUAAUCAGCUACAGUUGGUAAGAUGUCAAGCACUGGAUUUCUUGUUCUUUUUGUUGAGAAAAUACCUGUGAAAACUUUACUCCUCUUGCUCCAAAUCACCAUGGUGGUGUUGCAUGAAGAAUGUAUAUAUUUUUAUACAUAAAGCAUUUCAUUGUAUUGUAUAAGAUUAAUGUUGAGAGGAAUAUUGAUGUAAUUAUUUCCUGCACUAUACUUUGACAGUAUCUGUAAAACUGGUUUCUUAUCCCACUUGUAGAUGGUUUGAUUUUAAUAUUAGACAGGAGCACAAACUAUUGUCCAGUGUACUUGAAAAGUGUUCUGACCAUUUUCACAUUGUUCAGCUAUUAUCCUUUCAAAUAUGCAGUAUUGGCUUGCAUUGUCCCCCCUCCCCCCCCCCUCAAGCUCUAUAAAACACAGACACUGUUUUCCUGUCAGUGACUGUGUUCUCUCUCUGACUUCAUUCUAUGGGUAGCAGUCAGAUUUCUCCAUUUUUGUGCCACUGCUGUAUUUUAAUCUCUGGGGGCACUUUAUAGAGAAGAGGGUACCUUUCUAGCUAUUUAAAGGAUGGAUAUAGUAAGAGGCAAUUUAAGUGACACAGCUUAGGGCACUGCCAGCAAUCAUGGACAAGAGACAGGAAGAACAUGUAGAUAUAUCUAUAGUCAGGUCUUUUCCUGUGAUCAUGAGCUUUGCUUUUGUAUUACUGCCUUCUGGGACUUAAGAGUGGACUCAGUUUGGAUAUACGUACCAGGCAUUUUCCUUAUUCUUCUGGAAGGUUGCCUUGUAUAAAAUUCAAUUAAAGCAGUGGUGUCAAACUUGUGGCCCUCCAGGGGUUUUGGACAUCAGCUCCCAGAAUUCCUGGCCAUUGGACAAGCGGCUCCCUAGCCGCUUGUCCAAUGGAGGGCUACACAUCUGAAACCUCUGACAAUGGGAUUCCUUACAACUCAGCCCAUUUUGCUCAACAUCAAUACAACCAAGUUCUAUAGCUAAGAGCAGUUUUUUUCAGCAAUGUGAUAUUUGUAUCGAUUUGGUUGUGAUUUGGUAUCCAUGAAGCAGGGGGGCUGGCGUUUUUGGGUGCUUUACAGGCCUUCCACAUAGCUGUAUAAAAUCCACAUUGAACUGGAUUAUAUGGCAGUGUGGACAAAGGACCCUUCCACACAGACAUAUAACCCAUAAUAUCAAGGCAAAUAAUCCACAAUAUCAGUUGGGAAGUUUAGGCAUAGUAUUCCCAGUCUCCCUAAUUAUGAUCGGGAGGGGUUUUUUUCUUCCUCACAAAAUUCCUUGCUUGGUUGAUAUUCCUUUUGCCUCUCUGCUUUAAUGCUACAUCUGCAUUGGUGCUAACACUGGUUAAUGCUAAAUAGGAUUGUCUUUGUAAGGUAACAUUAACCAUGGUUUACUAUUAAGGACAAAUUCUACGCUGUCUGAAUCAAACCAUAGGAAGGAGAAAGGAACAGGUCCCCCAGAAAAAAAGGGUGGCAAGGAUUGGUCAAGUCUAAGUGUAUUAAUCCAAGAGCAUAUACAUGAGCUAAAAUUUCUGGCAUAGGAAAAGCUGUUGCUUGCAUCCACCCUUUGACCUUACCGUGCUAAAUGAGCCACUUUUGAUUCAUUCCUCAACUACUGAAAGCAGUUGCUUAAGAGAAGCUGAUGUUUCCUACUUGCCAGUAGUUCACAGUGUGCUGUUUACGCAAGAUCAGACUCCUGUGUAGAAUAUAUUGCCAUGAUCCAUCACUAAAAAUGUAAUAAUAGCAUCAAACAGUGCAUCGACUUUGUUGAUAAAUAGAACAGAGUUCCUGUAUUUUGAAUGUAUUGCUGUUUUCGAGAAGUGAUAUUAGAUGUUCUAAGUACUGUGUACCAAAUAGCUGGAUGCCCCAUUUUGUUCUUCCAGAUAUAAUCAACUCUCUGCUUAAUUAAUGUGGCCAGUUCCUUAGCUUCUACAGUAUUUGUUUAUUUUUCAAUGAAGGUAAUUUUUGUUUUCAUGUGACGCUUCUCCCACCCUAACAAUCUGUAUUUGGCAGCUAAUGAUCUGUCUUGAACAUGAUAGAUCCUUUCCUUUUGGUGAGCAUUACGUUUUACUGUGUUCUGCUUGUGAAUUUCAAUUUCUUGGAUGAUUCAAUUAGCAAUUAUGCAAAGUGCCAUGUUUAGAAAUCUACUCGUUUUUCUGUUGUAAAGCAGGAAAAUAUAUUGAUCAUAACACUGAUUAUAUGCACUGAAUAUUAGUGACUUCGUAUCCUGUUUUGAACAUCUGAUCCCAAGUAUUAGAUAGUUUUUUUAACAGUCUGUAUACCCAAAUUCUGUGUUCCAUUUAAAGAAAAGAAUUUGGUCAGAAGAAAAUAUCAUGUGCAUCUAUGGUCUUUAGGGAAAUAUUAGCUGAUAAUAAUGUUGAGUAGCCAGGAAGAUCUCACAGCUAUUUUUAAAACUCAUGCCUUUAUUUAUUAUCUGAACACCAGAUCAGUGUAUGAUUUAGUGGAUCGUUUGUAGACUGAACUCACAACUGAAUUAUGGUGUUGUGACCAAUUAAAGUUUAAAUGUUUACUGUAA